UACGAGUUGUCUAGGGGGAAACUAAGGCGGUAACACCGCGUGCGUACAACAGGGAAGAAGACUCCCGUCAGUGGCAGACCUGAAUACAGAUAUGGGACGCAGCAGGUCUCGCGACAGGUCUGCAGGGAGAACCACGAGCAGAGAGGGGAGGGAGAAAAAGAGGGAGAAGAAGAGACGGCGAAGUUCCUCAUCAUCAUCCUCCUCUUCCUCAUCCUCCAGCAGCAGCAGUCCUAGUCCUUCCUCUCAAAAGAAACCUCCCCGUCCCUCCAGCAAGAGCAAAGAUAAGAGACAAGAAAAGAAGAGGACAAAAAGGAGGCGGAGCUCUUCCUCCUCCUCCUCUUCAUCCUCAGCAAGCUCCUCCUCUUCCUCUUCGUCCUCCACGGAGUCAAGCGAUGAAGAGGCAAAGCGGAAGCGGAAGAAGAGGAGGGCAAAGAAGAAGAUGAAGAAGAUCAAAGCCCGGGAGAAGAAAGAGAGGAAGAAGCAGAAGAAGAGGAUGAAGAAGCUGAAGAAGAUUGCGGAGAGGGCCUCAAUCCCCACAAUCCCCACAGUGCCUCCACCGCCUGUUGAGAACCCCGCUCCCUCCCUGGAAACAUGGCAGAGUGAGGACUCGGUAGAGCAUGGGCCAGUAAUGACCGACGAGCAGAAGGCGCGCCUUUCCACCAAGAGGCCCAUGACCAAGGAGCAGUGGGAAGCCCAGCAGAGCAUCAUCCGCAGGGUGGUGGACCCAGAGAGCGGACGUACGAGGCUGGUGAGAGGAGAUGGAGAGAUCCUGGAGGAGAUUGUCAGUCGAGAGAGACACAAAGAAAUCAAUAAGCAAGCCACAAAGGGGGACGGGAAUGCCUUCCAGAAGAGGCUGGGGAUGAAUCGAUAGAGCACCACUUCUGGAACUCCAACGCGGGGAGGAGCUGAGGAGUGGUCCCAGUGUGGGGGCUGAUAAAGGGUUUGUCACUGUACAGGUUUACAGCACGUUGGGUGACAGCAUUGUCAGAGCUCCUGUCAUUAUCAGUGACAGUAUCUUUUGGGACAAUGGAGGAAUGUACCCAUAACAACUAAACAGUCCAGUCAAAGGCUGUAGAAGCUAAUGCCAUUAUCCCUCCAAAACCUAGUUUCAAAUACAGCACUGCUGAAAUAUUUCUUAAAUUGGUAACUGUGAGCACUGACUUAUGGGGUGCCGUAGACGCAAUGAUCUAAACAUUGGCAGUUAAUUUUAUCAUUUUAUGUUUGCAACAGUUUAUCAUCUGUAUUUCCAUUUCUUAUGAGUUAAUUACCACAGUUAUGUAUGAAUACUGAAUAUAGCAAGCAUCCUUUCAUUGCCAGGAUAGACAAUCACAGGUUCCCUGUGGUGGAAAAAGUGUUCUGUUUUUAAAAACAUGUAACACUGCAGUCACAACUUAUUCAUCCAUUCUUAAUAUUUAUUUAUACACUGUACAUUGAACACGAGGAAAGAAUAAAAGCUGUCCAAUUGUCUUUUGAGUUCACAUUACAUACAAUGAUACUGUACAGGGAGCAAACCCAGGUACUGUAUUGGAAAGUUGCACUAACUCCAGGGAAGAAUAAUUAUGUUGGUGUGAAUACAAGUUGAGCAUAUUGAAACAUUUUACACACUUAUUGUUGAAAUAACUACCAGAAAUGAAAAUCCCUUAAAAGAGCAGACUGGUGUUAGAAAUGUCAAUGUUUGGAUGCCUUUAAUUGGCGUGCGACCUAAGCUUGUGACUGUACAUUGUGUUUGUCCGUUCCUUGAUUCAUUUGUGGUAGUUUCCAAUGGUUGUUUGUAAUACUUUCCAGUUACUUAAACAUCUUUCAAAAAAAUCUUUCAAAUGUAUUCUUAAUGUUGAUGGAGAUGGAGAACAUUAAACAAGGAAGGUUUCUGGUGCUCUUGGUCUGCAAUGCAGAAAUGCUUUUUGGAUCAACAAAAAAAAUCAAAUCUCUGACAAGUACUGUUUACAACAUACCCGGGGAGAUAUACAGAAUCACUGUAAAUCAGUCAGUUUGAAGAUGGAUUGUCUAAUUAACGCCUCUAUAGAGUGAAUUCUAAUCUUCUACCAAUAUCCAUUAUUUAGGCUACCUAACAGUAAAAGUAAUUCUGAGGCACACAAGAGACCUCAAAGUAGAAACGUUGGAAAAACCGUUUUUUAUAUAAAAUUUGUAUAAUGUUGUAAAGUGACUGUAGUAAACCUAGAAGUUCUCCUGGGUAUUGGAGGAUCUUGAAUUGUCAAUGUGUUACAUUUCUGACAAGUGGCCUGUUGCUGUGUGCCCUGCCCUCAAAUGGCAGUUGUGCAUUGUGGAAAAAUAAGGUAAGGACCUUGGCCUCUCAUCCAGUGCGACAUGCCGGUUGAAAUCACUAUGAGGGAUGCUUUACAGAUAGAUUGGCAUCCUCAGCCUUUCCUUACAAUUAGGAAUUAAGUUUUUUACACAUGCAUGGUCAGUACCAUCCCCCAAUUACAGGAACAAGUUAAAACCGUGGAACAAAUGAAUUAUCUAAGUGCAGGAAUGAAACUUAAUAUUGGUGGGGGUUGGUUUCUGUAAUGAGCAGAGGAGGGGGCAGCUGGCCCGAGGAGAGCAGAUGUUUCCUAUGUUUCAGAGAAGAGGUGAACCUUUUCCCUAAUAAUAAUAGUAAUAAUAAUCAGUCCCUGAGUGUGGGCCCUGAUGCUCUCAUAGUGGGCUGCUCUCAGGGAUUUCUUCACAGGUAACGGAAUUGCUGGAGUGGGAGCAUGCUGAAAGUGACAGAUGAAAGUGCACCAGCUAUGUGGUCACCCAUACAUGGAGUUUGCAACCACGUCACCAUUCAGUACACUGUGGUGGACAGGAACUCGAAAUGCACAUCUUACUGACUGGUAUACUGAAUCUAGUAAUUUUGUUUUCAUUAUUUACUCAUAGGCUGUUUCUUGUAAUACCAACCAAUGUUUGAAACAGCAUACCAGUUCAUUUAAAUUAGCAUGAUCUGAAAACAACAUGUCACAAGACAGGGAAUCAAGGUUGCUAAUUGGCCCCUCUACCUCCCUGUCUUUUACUUAGUCAAACAGAAACAAAAAAAAUUAAUCAAUCAAAAUCUAAUUUAAGGGUGUGCAUAACUUUUUCCAGGCCAUUUUAAAUCUUAUGUUGGUUGUUAUUAUAUGUGCAUUAGGGGAAUGCAUGUAUCCUAGCACUGACUGGACUUGAGUUGUGUGCAUGAUAGACUGAUUGUCAAUGCUGUGACCUCCUGUCUCUGUGGUGAUGUUGCAAUGGUAUGACUGGAAUAUUGCACUAAUGUAUUUACAGAUACAUUAUUAUUGGUCCAUAAAUUAACUACUUUACGUAUACCUGUACAUGUCUGAAACGAAGAAAAGCUACAUAUCUGAAUAUAAUUAACCUGAAGGGUCCAUCACCUUAUAAAUCUACAUAAAUAAAUAAUUCUCAACUGUAUAUUCCUACAUUUCAUAACAUUUACAUAAUCUUUACACUAUCUACACAUUUAUUUUCAACCUCUUGCAGAGAGUUUGUGACUUAAGCUAGUUAUCUGGCUAUGUGCACAUUCAAUACCUCAUUUACAGCAAGGAUUGUGGGAGGCUGUAUCCAAAAUUUCCAAGUUUAUACUUCGAUAAAAUGCCACAAAUAUUCAUUAAAAACAUACAUUAAUACCAUUCCAGUGUUUUGUAUGACCACAGACUGUAGCAGACAGAUAAUACCUUACAGUGCAAAUGACUAAAAUAUUUGAUAACUGCUAUCAAUAUAUAUCCUUGAAACUCAAUAUCAACAAAAACAAAUCACUCUUUGCUUACUUAGAAUCUGUCAAAUAACU